AUGGUUGUUUAUUCCCCAAUUGCGGCUACCUAUGGUUCUCGUAUUGAACAAUUUGUCGAGACAGAAUCUGAUUUCUGCAAAUACCAUGAUAAACUUAAUGUUAAAUUGAGACACCUAAGACAUCGUUGUAAAAUUAUCACCAAGGAUACUAGGAAAUAUAGUACCAAAGAGAAGUAUUCCAAGAUCACUUCCGAUGACUACGAUAAGAAGAACAAAUUGUUUGGUGCUUUAGUAUUAAUGCAUUCUGAAAGAGACCUGUCCUUUGCAGAAGCUAUUAAACUCAGAAUUCGUCAAAGAGGGAAAGCAAAAGGUAGUGAACAGAAACUGUUAGGUACUAGAUUGAAGAAGGCCUACAAGACAUCCCAAAACCUCCUUGAGAUAACAAAAAAUGAGGGCCAAUGGAUCACUCGUGCUCAAUAUCUAGCCUACGCCAAAAUUGUUCAUGCUGAGUAUUUAAUAUUUGGUAAAAAAGUGAAGACUAAGAAUAAUACAUUGAUAACAAAGGAGUUAGCUUUGGCUUUAGCUGCAUGUACAUUUUUAAAAGAUAAGGAAAUAUUACCAACUGAAAUCAUUGAUUAUUUAAAUACCAAAUAUGAAUACACUUUAACCCAAUAUGGUGAUAGAAUUACAUCUUCUAUUGACUUAAAUAAUUUCGUUAGCAAAACAGUAGAAGCAGGGAAAGAUAAUAACGACGAAUUAGCCGAACUAUUGUUCAAGAAUGGUUACAUAACAAAGGUUGAGGAUGUCGAAAUGGAAAAGAGUCCAAUUAAUAAUAAAAUUGAAUGGAGAGCGUUCAACUGUAAAAUUAAAGAUAACCAGAUCGCUCAACUAAUUAACGAUGUUUCAGCUGUUCAAGUCAAGGAUAUUGCUGAUUAUAGUUCAAAGCUAUCUAAAUGGGAGAACAUUUUAAGCAAACAACAUGAAAAUAUGGCACGUCAAGUUAAUGAAGAACUAGAUGCAGAUGAAGAUGAAAAUAUGGACAAUGAGGAAAACGAGGAAAUCUUACUAGCAUACAUUAAGUUCCAAACAAUUUUUACUUCCAUUUCUCGUGAUGCUUCAUUAUUCAAUAAAUUAUGGAAACAAUGGGAAAAAUUAGGUUCAUCCAUGUCUUCUAAGUUAACAAAGUAUAAAGAAAUUGAACGUAUUGUCAAAAAUUUGAAAAGUUACUUAAAGGAAGUGACUGAGCUACCAGGUAUCUACUCUGAUGACGAACUGAUCUUCCAAUUAGAACUAUCGAUGGAUUAUUUCCAAUUGUACUUAAAUGCAGGGUGUUUGGCAUCUUUAUACCAAUCCAAGGGCAAAUAUAGAGAAUCACUAGCUCUUUAUGUUCACUCACACCAAACUUUACAAGAAAAAUUACAAGUUCAACAGAAUACUGAAUUGAUAAAAUUACCAGAAGACUUACUUACUGAACAGGCAUUGACCAAAUUAAAUAAUCUGAUUAAGACUGGAUGGAAUAGUGUUGUUGCUUUGGCCGAAUAUGAAAAAGAACUGAAUACUUCUUACAUCGUUAAAAAAUAUCAACCUACUGUGGUGGAGAAAAUUGAUUCGUUAUCUGUAAGACCAAGCGAUGUUCAUCUAAAUAAUUUAUUCCCUCUUAGACCUAUUGUUAAACCAGUUGGAGCUAAACCAACCCUAUUUGAUUUAGCAUUCAACUAUAUCGAAUAUGAAGAAGAUAUCCAAACAAAGGCGAACAAUAAUGAAACUGCAGAAAAGAAGAGUAUCAGUGUUGACCAAAGUACUCCAGAAGACCAACCUGCAAAGAAGCGUGGUUUCUUAGGUCUGUUUGGUCGUUAA